AUGUGGCCAGCCGGCACCGAGGGCGGAGCUUUCCGUGCGGCGGGCCCGCCGACGCCGGCGCCGUGGGCAGGGCUCGCGGCCGUGGCGGGCUCUCGCCCAGCGACCACCGUGGCCGUGCCGCCACAGCCUGCAGCUACGCAGGCAGCCGAGGCCGACGCCCCCCCUCCGCAGGCAGCAACUUCCGCCCUGGAGGGCCUUGCCGGUAUCAAGGCCCGCGUCGCCGCCCUCCGCCCCUUCCCCGAGUGGGCGGCGGAGCGCCGGCUGCAGUCCGCCCUGUACUCGCGGCGCGGCCGCGCCGACGCGGCGCAGCGCGCCCAGGACGUGGCGGCAGCGGCUCGGGCCGCAGCCGAGGAGGCACAGCGGGCCGCCAAGGCAGCGGACGCCCACGCUGCCCAGGCCAUCGCCGAGGCGCAGGCCGCGGAGCAGCACCCGGCCGCUGUGCAGGCUGAGGUGGCUGCCGCCAGCAUUGCAGCGCGCCUUGCUGCCGAUGGAGGCGCUGCGGAGCUCGAUGGCGUGCUCGCGGCGCUUGCUGGCGCCGCCGCCCAGGCAGGCGCGGCUGGCCUCGUGCAGCAACUGCGGGCUGCGUUGCUGCCUCCUGCCCCCGCGGGCCCCGCAGCUGCCAGUGGUGCGGCGGCGGGUCUGGGCGCCGCCGGCGACUCCGCGAUGCCCGAGGCCUGUGGCGCUACCGCGCUGCCUCCGCGCGAUCGACGUUUGCGGAGCCCUUGGUGCGGCGUGCGCGUCGGUGGGGCUCGGCAUCCUGGGCUUCGGCAGAUCCUCGAGGACUGCCCGACGCCAGCGGUGGAGGACCAGCUCGCCGAACAGGAUCUAUCGCUGGGCCACGCGCUGAAGGUCCUGACUGAGGGCGCCGACGCGGAGCUGUCGUUCGCCAGGCGGCAGAGCCGACACGUGACGCUUUGCGAUCAUUGCCAGCUGCCCCAAACUGGCGGCCAGGCUCUCGAGAAGGUCAUGGACGUCCUGGACUCCGACCUCGGUCCGCUGGCGCAAGAGGAGCUCAACCACCUGGCGCUCCCCGUGCCGCACCUCCUUCUUCGCGAGCGCCCUGCCGAGCCUGAUGAGCAUGCCGCAGUGCCGCCGGACUUCAUUUCAACGUGGACUCGCGCCCUGGAGGCCGCCGAUAGAGGCGACCUCCGCAAGGCAAAGCGCGCGCUGACCGGGGCGCAGCUCCACCCGCCGACGGAGGAGACGCACGACAAGUUUACUGCGCUGCUGCCGCCUGCCUCCGCCGAGCCCUGGUUGCACAUGCAGUUGAUCGCGUCGGACAAGAGCGGGGGCAAAGCGCGCCCCAUCGUCUUCCAGGAGAUCUUCCUCAAGCUUGCCGCAGGCACCGUGAGCCGCGCGGCGCUCCACAGGGUCCAGGCGGACAUGGCAGCUCAUCCGGACUGGGUCUACCUAGAGCUCGACCUCGAAAACGCCUUCGGCACGGCCCGCCGCCGGGGCGCUUGCGAGCAGGCCCGCGCCUGCUUUCCGCGCGCGGCAGCACUGCACCACAACCUGCGGUUUGGGGUAGUCCGGCAGCUGUGCUACGCCCAGGAACAGUUCAAGACGCUGGAGAUGCAGGAGGGUUGCUGCCAGGCUUACUCGCAGGCGUUUCCGGACGACUCCUCUCCCCGGCGUCUUCGCUUCUUCGUUGACGGCGUCUGCGUCGCGGUUUCGAGAGAGCAUUGGCUGCAGGCGAUGCUGAUCGCGACGCAGUGCUUUGCCGGAUGCGGCUUGACACUGCGAGCCGAGAAAACGAAGGUUCAUGUGCCAGCUGCCCGUUCUGACCCGGGUCUCGCAGGCGAGCUCGUUGCCGAGUUGCGCCCGUUUGCUGAAUUCGACGCGUCUGGUCUCGCUUUCCUUGGCGCCCACGCCGAGGGCGAUUUCAGUGCGCAUUUUAGUUUUGGCGGGGCCACCCUGGGCCCAGUGCAAAAGCGGUGCGAGAGACCGAUCGCAUUCGCUUCAGUUUUGCAGCAAGUUGUUCGCGCAGAGUUCCAGUGCCGCAAGUUUGGCCCCCGAUGGAAGCUCGUGUGUUCUGUCUUGAACCGCGCCUUGUCCUACGACGCCUGUGUUGCGAAGCCGGCAGCUUUCCUGCCGCGCGCGCGUCGUCUGGACAUCGCGGUCUGCGACCUUGUCCGGGCAGUUGUCUUAGGACUUGCUUGCACGGAUCCGCAGUGUCAGGCGAGUUUCAGCUCUCUGACUGCGCCGCUCAGCCACGGAGGCAUGGCGCUUCGCCCCAUCGCUUUUGAAGCUCAUUUUUCGUAUCUCGCUACGCUCCUCAGCACGCUGCCAAAAGCCUCUCGGCAGCUCGCCGUCGCCCUGCAGCCGGCUGUCAUCGAUAUAGGGUACGAGCACUCUGGUAUUUUCGCUGCUGGCAAAUAUCGCAUCGGCCGAACGCUGCAGCUGCAGGCGUCGCGCUGCGGCGCGGCCGAAAAUGGUAGAUGCUUCGAGUGGCCGAUGCCGGUCUUGUCGCCGGAACGCCCCGGCCCGGAAAGCGGGCUCGGAUUUGCGGCCCAUGCCACUGGGGAUUUGGCUCCUUGGUCGGACGACGAGUUCCGCAUCCACUUCCUGCGCUUCCGGCUUCCACCCUUUGGCGUUGCUUGUUUCUGCCAGCACCGCACGCGUGUUGGUAGGGUCUGUGGCCACCCGCUCGUCGAGCAUGGGGAUCACGCGAUCUCGUGCAUGGUGGGAGAGGGCCACAACCGUCUGCGCGAUGACGUGUGCGACGAGCUCGCGACGUGCGCUCGCGCAGCCGGCCCCAUCCCUCAGGUCGGCAGUGCCGACCUGCGGGAUGGAGCCUACAGCGCGGGUGCUGUCAACUCGGUGGCUGGUCAGGUCAUCUUCAGGAAGGUGGAAAGCCAUACUGGAGAAUUUCUGAACGAGCGCGCUGAUCAUCUGGCCGGCUCUGGGGCCAGUGGGAUCGUCUGUGGCCUGGCGGGCGCGCUCGACGGGGCGCUCGGCGAGCAGCCGGUCGGCGCCGCAGGGGGGCUGGGCGGCGCCGCCGGGAACGCGGAGGGCGCGGCGGCCGGGAGGCCGUGCGGCGCGGAUAGGCUGGCCGCGCGCCUGGCGGCGCUGGAGGAGCUGUCCGACGCCCAGCACGACGCCCAGCAUCGGCAGGAGCGGCGCGCGGAGGAGCUGUCCCAGCGCUUCGCGGCGCUGGAAGCGCUGUCCGACGCGCACCGCGUCGCGCAGGAGCGGCGUGCGGAGGGGCUGUCGCAGCAGCUGGAGCGACAGCUCGCCGCCGCGGCGUGCGGCGCCGGGGAGCUGGAGUCGUGCCAGGCCGCGCUCUCGGCGCUGCGCGACCGCGUGGACGCCCUGUGCACCCAGACGGACCAGCAGCUGCAAGGCCUCCAGCGGCACGUCGACGAGUUCUCGCGGGUGGUCGCCGACGGCGUGUCGGGCCAGGAGGCCCUGCACUGGCAGCUGGAGGCGCGGUCUCAGGAACAGACGGCGCGGCUCGAGGAGGUGGCGCGUGCCCAGGCCAACCUCGGGGAGCUCUGCGCCGGGGCCGUGGAACUGAGCAAGGCGCUCGAGGGCCGCGUGGGCACGCUAUGGGAGACGCUCGCCGAAGGGGCCGCGCUUGGGCCGCGGCUCGAGAAGCUUGAGAGUGCCGUGGGGGAGCAGGCGCAGGAGGUGGCCCGAGCCCGGGCCGCCGACGGCGGCCUCCUCGACGGCGUCCGCGGGCGCGUGCAGACGCUGGAGGGCUCCGUGCGCGACGGCGCCUCGGCCUGCGCCGCGCUGGAGAGGCGGCUGGACGCGCUCGAGGCGGCGGCGGAGGACGGCGCGCCGCAGGCGGAGGCUGUGGAAGCGCUGGCCCAGCGCGUCGAGGAGCUCGGCAGGGGCCAGGCGAGGUGCUCCAGCGGCCAGGGCCAGCUCGCCGCCGAGGUCGGCGCCCUGGCGGACCAGGUCGGCGCCCUGCGGGAGCAGCUGCAGGCGCUCGCCGCGGACGAGCGGCAGACGAGCGAGGGCCUGAGCCAUAGGCUGCCGGCCCUGGAGGCGCGCGUGGUGCUCGCGGAGGAGGCGGGCCGCGGCGCGGCGCGCGCCGCCGAGCGGGCGGCGGAGGGCCUGGCGCGGGGAGAGGCGCCCUCGGAGCAGCUGCGGGAGCUCUCCUCGCGCCUGGACGGCCUCAGCCGGGCGGGGCAGCUGGGCCAGGCGGCCUGGGAGCAGGGGCUGGAGAAGGUCGCGGAGCUCGCCGCGUGCGCGGAGUCCCAGGCGCAGGAGCUGAGGCGCCUGCACGACCAGACGGCCGGCUGCCACCGGUGGGAGCAGGAGCUGAGAGCGCUUGACUCGCUGGUGGCGAGCGGCUUCGGGCGGAUGGAGGAGAGGGUCGAGUCGUCGGGUGAGCGCGUCGCAUCGAUCCAGGCGGACUUUGGAAGGGCAUCCGCCGAGCUCCAGCGGCUGCGAGACGAGAUGGGCUGGUGCGUCGCGGCGCGGGAAACCCUCGCGAGGGUGGAGCACCUGGCCAACGAGGCCCUCCGCAUGGGGCAGCAGGCGGUCGUAGAGACCAGGCAGGCCGCCUCCCAGAACGAGGAGGCGUCGACGGAAAUCAGGGCGUGCGUCGAGGUGCUGACGGAGGGGCUGGCCACGGAGGCACACUGCCGGGAGGAGGCCGCGCGUAGCAUGGAGGCAAAGUACAUCCGCCUCCAGGAGCUCGUGGCCGAUCGGGAGUCCAGGUCGGCCCAGGACGUCCUCUCCUCCCGGGCGACCCGGGCGAUCGCGGAGCAGCAGAUGGAGGCCGUGAUGAGCAGGAUCGAGCUGUGCGAGGAGCAGAUCCAGGGCAGCGCCCAGAGGGAGCAGACCAGGCUCAAAAACUUCAGGGACUUUGCCGGCGCCCUCGGCGACGUGCGGAGCGAGGUGGAGGAGCUCCGCGCGGACCUGUCGCGGCAAGGCCAGCGGCCAGCCCUGAACGGGAGCCUGUCGGAGACAGUCAAGCCCCAGGCGAUGUGGCUGCAGCGAGUGCAUGUCACCAGCGGCACCGAGCCCGACGCCGACGCGCGCCUGGAGCCGCCCCGCGACCAGUGGGCCGCACACGCGCAUCCCGCGGCCGUGCACCAGUCGGCGAUCACGCCGCUGCAGCACCACCGCGCACCCGCGCGGGCCUGCGCUGCGCAGCCACAGUGGCCCGACCGCAGCAGCGGCGUGACCGUGUACCCGCUCGGCCGCGCCGCGGCGGCGCCGCUGCCCCUCGAGGCCCCGCCCGCCGCGGCGGCGCUCGACGCGGCCGCGUCGGGGGCGCUGGGCGGCUUCUUGGACCGCGCGGGCGCGGCGCAGCGGCAGCCGCAGCUCGACCCGGUCGUCGCGGGCGGGUCGCCCCCGCGCCAACGAAUGGCGGUGCCCAUCGAGCGGGUCGCCUCCGCGCCCGCGCUGGGCCGCGCCGCGGCGCCGGGCCCCGCUCCAGCGGAUCGCUCCCUGUCCCCCGAGGGCAUCCGCCUGCAAGGAAGAGGGGCCACCCAGCCCGCGGUCGCGUGGGAGGCCCGCGUCUUCGCGCCGCCGCGGGGCAUCAUCGCGCGGGCCCCGGCAGCGGCGGCGGCGCCAUAA